AAACAAACAAAGUUUUCAGAAGCAAGAAGGAGACGAACCUGAAAGAUAAUUGUUUUCUCCCUUAUCACAUGAAAACGUAAGAUAAGAGCUCGAUAACAUGGAUAUGCGAUGUAAUUUCUAAUAACCAGAAGAAAGAGAAGUCAAAAAGAAGCUUCAGCGCGGAGGAAAAGGGUUAUUUAAGAUCUCACAUCUGAUGCAGACAAUGGAGGGUGGAGGACCAGAAUUCCGUCAAGGGACCCCAGUGACGGGCGAAGAUGGAAUUACUCUGGUUGCCGAGGGACGCUCUUUCCACUGCUCCAAGAGGAAGCUGAUUGAAGCGAGUGAUUAUUUCAGAGCUAUGUUUUCCAAUAACUUCAAGGAAAGAGGGAAGACUACAAUAGAACUACAGGAUAUAGAUGCUGACUGCCUACAAAUGCUCUUACAGUAUGUAGAAACAGGAACAUUUGUUGUAUCUCCAGAUAGUAUAUUGGCUUUGCUUCAGACUGCGGCUAUGCUUCAGUUUGGCAGAGUACAGAAGGAGUGUGAACAGCAGGUCCUCGCCUCGCUCUCUUGUGACGCAUGCCUCGAAGUCUACCUGGUCACCACAACCCUCGGCUUGCAAAACAUAGCCACGGCUGCACUCACGAUGGCUGUCUGGAAUUUCCCCGAGAUCUGCAAGAAGCCCCAGUUCCAUCAGCUAGCUAUUAAUGAACUGAUUGACUACAUAAGCAAUCCAGCAUUGUACCCGGGGCCAGAGGGAGAAUGGGCCGUGUGGGAAGCUGUUGUUUCAUGGAUUGAGGAUAAUGAGGUGGAGAAGAGUCCCUUCCUGAUGCAGCUGUUGCUGUGCCUCGACUUCCAAGCCUUGACUGUGCAAGACAUAUCCAACAUGCUGUUUUACCCUUGCGUGAGUGAGAACAUAGAGGCGGUGCAGCUGCUGGAAGGCCUCCAGACCCUGAAGAAGGAAAGGGGCACAGAGAUCAGCUACUUCUCCUCAGAGACAAAUAAGAUCCUACAGCAGGCAGCUAAGGAGGCAGCAGUGGCAGCGGAGGCAGGUGAGCAGCGCCCAAGGCAAAGCCGCGAGAUUCGCAUCAACAAGGAUACCAUGAGAACGGUGGAGAGCAUCUUGGAUAGGCCUCGGCGAAGCCCUCCCCAGGUACCAUGUGUGGUGGGUUUCAAGAGGUCCUCUGCGGCUAUGCGCAAGAAGAAAAAAGCCAAGAAUAGUGACAAUGAAGAAGAAGAGGAAUAUGACAUCACGUCCUCUAGGGUCAGAAAUGCAGAAUUGAUCCCUGUCAUAUACUCAUUUAAUCCGACCACAAACAAGAUGAUGGAGGAGCUGGUGUUGUCCAAGUUGUGUGAGGGACCUGUUCACUGCUCUGGUUAUCAGGUUUGCUCUCUUGGUCCUAGCAUUUACAUCUUUGGUGGCGAAUACCUCUUUGGAAAUGGCAAUUGGAACAAAUCUGUCUGGAGAUACAGCACAGCCUCACGGAAAUGGAUUAUUGAAAACUCGUUACCACAGCCCAGGAGGCACCAAAUGAUAUGUGUUGUCGAUUCAGUCAUUUACCUGCUGGGAGGAUACGGGAAAUACAGAGUCGUGCAAAGUUCCGUUGAUGCCUAUGACACAACAUCAGGCGAAUGGCUGCGAUGCCCAGAUAUGCCCCAUUGUGUGAGUCAUGGUGCAGUCUGCAACUUCAAAGGCAGGCUGAUGGUAUUCACACAAGAGAUGCAGCUGCUUACCUAUUAUCCAAAGAUGAAGAAAUGGUCGGCUAUACCUGUUAGAUCGCCCAAUAAGCAAGGUUAUAGAGCUGCACUUACCUGGGAGAAUGCAGUGUAUCUCAUAGACAACUGUUCACCCAAAGUAUACCAGUACUUACCAGAAGGUGGCCACACAAUAUCUUACUUUGGCCAUUUCACAACACCUCCUGUGAAUGUGUGCAUGGUGGACGGUAUCAUCUAUAGCUUUAGCCAUGAUGACCUCGACGACAGCCACGUCAUAGAGGUAUUAGAUGUUACUGAAGCUUGCCCAAACGCUACCAAGACAAAAAGUGAUAACAGCAAGCAGGGAAUGGAAAUGGAAGAUGCGAGCAGACAGAGACAGAAGAGUGAGAGUAGUGAGAGAAGUGAUAGUGUAGUUUCAAGAAAGGAGGAUGAGAGCAGUGGGGGGAAGAAGGGGCAAGAGAGGAGCGAGAGUGACUCCUCUUCUUCCUCGUCUUCUUCUUUUCGGGCGUCGAAAGAGAUCUGGAGAGAGAAAGAGACGGGACCAUUUAUCUUCACCACAAAAUGCCCUGCGGACACCACCUUUUCCUUAGGCUGUUUCCCACUUUUGAAACUCAAGUAAGGAAAUGACCUGUAUUUAUUGAGAAUUAUUGUGGGUAGAAGAAAUGAAAGAAAUAAAGAUAAACAUGUAUAUGAUUGCGAAAAUUGCAUAUUUUCUUAAGUGAGAAUGAAGAUGCAAAUGGCAUAUAAAGAUGUUCAUUAUUGAUAUCUAAAUAGAAAUUGAUGAUGAGGGAAGGAUACAGGAAAAAUUAUAUACAGAAAUUUAUAUAUACGUAAUUGCAUUCCAUAAGAAGAUAUUCUAUGCUUUCCUUUUUGUAUUUUAUUUUGAGUAACAAGCUGUUGAAUGUGCACUUAUUACACUUUUGUAUUUAUCUCAGGUGGUCUCAUUUAGUAAUGCUGAAUUACUGAUCCAAGAUUUCUACAUUUCUUUUUGUUGUUGUCUCUAUAAUGGUGCUGUGAUAAAGAUGGAGUUUUAGUAGUACUCAACAAUUUCUCACAUAUGUAUUGGAUGGUAAAUUUACCCUCUGUAGACUUUGGUGUAAUUAUAACACUACUAAAGCUAAAUUAAAAAAUUAUUUGUAUAUUUCUGUUGUCAUACAUAUCUGUCUUUCUCAUGAUAAAGAUUUCCAUUCUAUUUUCU